AUGGCGUAAGAGAUUAUGGAUGUGUAUUAUAUAUAUGUAUCUCAAAAAUUAUGAAUCAAAGUUUUGCCCAAGCGUCGAUGAAAUUUUAGUAUUAUAAAGAAUCCAAGAAUUAGUGUUUUGUAACGCGUUCUAGAAGCUUAACGAACGUCAACCUAAAAUGGAUUUCCCCUGAAAGCUUUGAGUGUUGAUCCCUAUUUGUCGUUAUAUAUGCUACUUGUUCCUACAAUUUACCAUAUGUUAUGUCAAUGUUAGUCACAUGAUUACAUGGGCAAAGACUUCUGUUAAUUCGGCUUGACGUUAAUCGAUGCUUCCUCGAGAGAGCGUAACAAAAAUAAACUUUGUGCCAAUGGCGGAUAAUGUGAGACUGGAAGAGAUCAUCAAUGUGCCUCCUAAUUCUACAAUGCCUCAUAUGUCAAACAAUAAUGAUAUUGGGCAAUCUUCAGGGUUGCUAAUGACACAUUCAACGACUGCAACCAGAUCUGCUCCAUCUAUUAACAUAAGAGGUUUUAAUUUCAGUGCUAGGACUAUGGAACACUCUAGACUCUUUACAAAUAAUAUAUCCUCCACUAUACAAGAAAUCAGACCUUUUAUAGAACAUGUACGUAUUCAGCCCAGUGUUUCAUUAUCUUCAUUGUUAAACAUUCAAAGAAUUCAAAAUCCAAUAAAUACUGUUCCUCUUACAUCAUCUGACAAUUAUGUGAUUAAUGUUGAAAAUCACCCAGCAGACAAUACAAAUUUACAUGAUGUUUCAACUCAUGACAGUCAUCACCAACAUCAUCAAACAACUGCAACAGAUAAUUUUUUAAACAAUAUUCGCGAAGCUGCGAAUGAGGUUGUGGGUGAAAAUCAAAAUAAUAACAGCAACAAUGUUGUUAAUCAUAACAACAAUAAUAAUAUAGACGAAAACCCUACAGAAGGAUUACAAAUUAGCUCAGAGACACGGGCAUUACUUGGAGUAUUUCAAAAAUAUAUCCCCUUUGUUUCUAUCCUUCUUACUAAAGGUCUUUAUGAUCAUAGAGCUGGAAUAUUGAAUUUUAUAGUAUUACUUGUUACAUUUAAUCAUGCUAAUAAUGUUGUAAAACGUGAAAUUGCAAAACAACAUAAUAAAAGUUGGAUAUCACUAUUAGUUAUUACAUGUUAUAUUAUUGCAUGUAUAGUGUUCAUUAAUUUCGAAUAUGAUAUAUAUUUAUUUUCUUCAUACACCCAGCCUCCAACAAUUUGGGAACUGUUGUGGUCAGUUUUGGUGACUGAUUUUAUUUUAAAAUUGAUUACCGUUGUUUGUAAAGUUGUUUUAACGUGUAUUCCUUUAAAACUUCUGGCACUUCGAAGAAGGGGAAAAUGUUAUCUUAUGGUGGAAGCAACAUCUCAACUUUACAGAUGUAUUGCUCCAAUCCAACCAUGGUUAUAUUAUUUGUUUGAAGCUUAUCAAGGUCCAGAAAAAAUUUUGGGUGUAUGUUUUGCUGCAUUGUAUGGAGUAAGCAAAAGGAAUGAUUUAUUAUCUCGUAUAAAGUUGUUCUACAUGGCUAUUUGGAAUCUAUUUCAAAAUGCGAGUUUAGGCGUAACACCGUCAAAGGACCAAAUAGCAGCAUCUGGAGGUAUAUGUGCAAUUUGUCAUGAGGAAUAUUCAAUGCCAAUAAAAUUGUAUUGUAAACAUAUCUUCUGCGAAGCAUGUGUUUUAACAUGGCUAGACAGAGAACGUUCAUGUCCGCUAUGUCGUGCAGAAAUUACGGAUGAUCCUAUUUAUCGAGACGGUCAUACAACUCAUUUUAUUCAGUUGUAUUGAUUUUUAUGCAUAGUACAUAUAACUGUAUCUUUUCCACUGUUAACCUCCAAGAGCUUCAAUUAAGCAUUUAGUUUACAUGAAAUAUUUUCAUUUGGUUUUUGUAAGAUUUUUAUCCUGAUAUGAAUUACUUAACUACCUAUAAUGUUAAUAUUCAUUACGAAAUACUUUUUAUAUAUUCAUUACUUAAAGAAACUAUUAAACAGUACUAUAAACUUUACAAAUUUGUAAAAUAAUCUGCAUAUAAGAAAUAAUAGAACUACUUGCAUUAAAGAAUAAAAUUUAUAUUUUGAAAAUGAUUUACCGAUUAUUAUUUUUUAUUUACGAAAAUAAUGUAACUAAUUUAUGAAACUUAUAAGUAGUUACAAGUUUUCUUCAAAUUAAUAUAAUUAUGUUCAAUGUCUUAAACAAAUUGAGAAGUCUUUUUUUUUCAAUGUGACAGAGAACAUCCAUAGUCACAGUAUGAAAAGAAAUGACUAUAAAAUUGGCUUAAAUCUAAAUUGUUUUCGUUGUUGAUUAUAUUUCAACAUUUGGUCAUUAAGGUUGUGUAUGUAAUAUAAUUAAAAUCACACUGUAGGUAAGUUCAUUAAUGUACAACACAUAAGUAUUUUCUCUGAGACAUUAAAAAACAUACUGCCAUACAGGAUUUUAACACUGAGAAUAAAGUAAUUAUUAUAUAAGGAUAUUUUUUUUUUUUA